CAGCGGACCUCCAGAAGGUCUCCAGAAGCUCCAUUGUGUGCUUUGAAAUGUUGUCAAAUCCCUUCUUUUUAAAACAACCUUCUUGUCAAACUUGGUUUCAUUAGUCAUUGCAUUAGUCACCCCAGCUGAACGUGUUUUGUUGGGGGAGGAACGCCCUGCCACACCCAGCGCGACGGCCAUGUUCUCAUGCGAGCUUGUGUAAUUGGACACCACGGAACGAACCCUCUCCCGUGCUCAGGCGUGCUGGUCCUUGAAAUAUCCCCGAGCUAAACACGCACAUUGGAACGGCCUCGAACUACAUACCUCAUUUUGGUUGCAACUUUCUUUCCAGCCUGGAGACCUAAAAACACAAGAGCUGUUACGUUUUUGUCAACAUGAAGUUUUGUCUGUUAUCCGCUUUACUCCUGCUGGUGACCGGGGCAUUGACACAGGAUGACGGAUUUAACCUAUUUGAUGCCCUUGAUGAUGUAGAGCCAACGCCACCGAAACCAAAAGAUCAACCAAAACCCCCAGGGAAUCCUAAUGUUGAUGAUGAACUGGACCUUUUUGAUGCCUUAGGACCAGAUGAACCAGAACCAGAGAAACCGAAGAAGCCUAAGCCUAACCCUGGAAAUUCUGAUAACUUUGGAUUUGACCUCGAGGAUGCGCUAAAACCAGACCCAAAUGCCAAACCGGACAAACCUGCAGUCAAUCCACCAAAGCAUGGUGGAGGUGGUGGUAACUUUGGUGAUAAUGACUUGCUUGACGUAAGUGAUGGAGAAUAUCAGCCCGAGGGAGGCCGUUCAGGAGAUCCUGGCUAUAACUCUGGAGGUGGUGCGGAUCAGCCUCAAGAGGCUGGUUCUGGAACAAUCGCUGGAAUUGUCAGCGCGGUUGGCAUGGCUCUUUUAGGGGCAGCAUCCAGUUACUUUGCUUACCAGAAGAAAAAACUGUGUUUCAAGAUGCAGGGAGGUGCUGACCCAGAAAGUGGUAAAGGAAGACAUCCUGCACAGUCUGAUCCUCAAGUUUUCAGCAACUUGCUCAGGACAUCCUAGACAAGCCUUCACAAGAGACAUGCCUCCUUGAUUGAACUACAUCGAACUUUUACUUAUUUCUUUGUACCAAAGUACUGUGUGUGACUUCUCGGAAAUGUCUACAGCCUAAUUUUUGUUGUUGUUGUUUUUACACCAAGGCAGAAUACGUUUUAGCAGCUUGAUCAGUCAUUGUACAUUUGUCGUUUGUAUUUGGUGACACUUCUGUGUUGACACCGCUUGCCGGUUGUCAUUUCAGAAGCAAGACCAUGUUAUACUGUAUGAUUUGUAACAGUCUGAAUGUCAUGUGUCAUAACGUCUUUUUGUUAUAUGAAGUUGCUGUUCGUUUAUCAAUAACAGGCGUAAGUAUUAAAAGAAACAGUCCAGUCCAGGUUACUUUUAUUUUAUUUCAAAGGUUUACGAUUAGUAUAAUCCAGAUUACUCACAAAAGACAAUUUCUGUGGUUACAGUGGUACCUUGAUUUAGGAAGCGCACUGACCUAUAAGAAUUGUGAGUCAUUGCUUUUUUUCCUCCCUAUGAAGUAAUAACUGAGGUAUCGGGCAACUUCAUAUACCCUGCUACUCGAUGGCAGCGGAAGAUGCCGCCACAAACCCUCAGGAAUGCUGCGUUUUGUGUACAAUUUCAGAACAGUUGAGCUACAAGCUCCGUCACACAAAUGAACCCUGAAAUCAAGGUAGCACUGCAUUUUGAUACAAAAAUGGAAUGUGCGCACUUUUGAAAUGAAAAGUGGAUAGAGAGCUUUGCAUUUGUGUCAAUGCCUGACACUAUUGAACAAAGCUACGUGUUGAAUAAUUUUAGGAUUCAGAUUUUAGACAGCACACUGAUGAAAACAAAAAGAAUGCAUAUUUUUCCAUGUUGAUAUAUAUGCACUGUAAAAGCUAAAAUGACUUUCUGGAGAGAAAACUCAAAACAGAAAUGCAUUAGGAUUUCUGUAAUACUCAAUUAAACUCAAGAACUAAUAUUGAAAAAGUAAUCAAAAUUGAAACCAGGUUUCCCACUUGUAAUAUAUAGGAAAACAGAGUCAUGUUUUUAUGUCUGGAAUUGCUAUAAAUGACUUUUUUUUUUUUUUUUUUAAGUCCAGAGCAUCUAAAAAGUAUUCAGUGCUUUAGUUUUUCUACAUUUUAUGUUAGUGAUUGGCAGCAUAGUGUGGAGUGGUGAGCGCAUCUGCCUCAGAGUUCUCAGGACCGGGGUUCAAAUUCUGGCCCCGCCUGUGUAGAGUUUGCAUGUUCUCCCCAUGCAUGCGUGGGUUUUCUCCGGGGACUCCGGUUUCCUCCCACAUCCCAGAAACUCGCAACAGUAAUUGGAGACUCAAAAUUGUCCCUUAGUGUGUUUGUGAGUGCAUAUGAUUGUUUGUUUUUAUGCACCCUGUGACUGCCAAGGAACCAGUUCAGGGUGUACCCCGCAGCUCACCCGAAAAUAGCUGGGAUAGGCUCCUGCGAGGAUAAGCGGAUCAGAAAAUGGAUUGAUGGAUGCAUUUACAAACAUCCCCCCCCCCCAAAAAAAAAAGUCAUUAUCGAGUGUUGUGUGUAAAAUAGUGAGGAAUGGCUUCAUUCUGUUUUACAAUAAUCCUGUGUAACACAGCAAAAUGUGGAAAAACAACAACAUGAAUACUUUCAGGAUACACUAUGUUUAACUUGUUGAUGUCAGCAUCUUACACCUCUGAUAAAUAAAGUAAAUUAAAUUGUG